AUGGGCAGCCACAGGGCACAGGCACAGUUUGAGCGUGCAAAAUGGCGGCUGCUGCUUCUUGCCCCAGCCUGGUCGGUGCAGCUGACGCUGGCGCUGGGAAUGCUGGGGCUCUUCUCAUGGAGACUAGGUGACACAAUCCGUUACUUCGACGACAGAGACACGGCCGGUAAGGCUCCUGUCAUCGAAUAUGUCUGGGAGGCGACAAAUAUAGCACUGUCGGCCGUCGUGGCAUUCUGUACCAUCUUUGAGAUUGCCAGAUACUUUGCCGAAUCGUUGACGCCAUGGACCAUGCUGUUUACCCAUGUUGUCAAGCUAGCUUGCGCAUCCGCCAUCCUCGCUCUCGACGUGGUCAUCUAUGUGCAACGAAGCGACUCCCAUUAUUCUCUGAUUGGCCUUGGCAUGGACGCCCUGUUGAUGGCUGUUGCCAUUUCGCUCGCCAUCUAUGCCAUCAUCGCAUAUCGUCGGCUGUCCAAGUAUGACGACUAUGCUCGCCCCGUCAACGUCAAGCCCUAUGGCUUCAGUGAUGGGCUGGAGACCGAUACGCCCUACUCUUCGUACUCGAGCCGAACAGGAAUGCUCAAGUCCAUGGAGAAGCGAAGUUCCCUCGGAUCAGAGCGCCUUAGCGUCGGAUCGUACACGAACCCGUCCGUGGUGCAGCCAGCAGAGCAAAGGCCGAGACGCUACAGCCAUGAGAGAGACACGCAGUUUGACGAAUACAUGGUGCGCAAGACGUCCAUCAGCUACAAGCCAGAUAUUACUUUGCCAAAGUCUCCUGGAGAAUCGCCUUUGGGUGAUUCGUUGACCGCGGUCAGCACACCGGGGCAUUCUCGCUCAAGAGGGUCGAGUGUGUCGCAGGCAAUGAGCUACAACAGCGACCACGUCUUGGUUUCGGUGCCGGAAGAGGAGGCUGAAAUGGUUGACGCAGAGGCUGAUCAGAAACGGGAUCGGGAGGCUCUGCUGGGACACGCCCCAUCCUCGUGA